CCUGCUGCCAGCUGCGCCUCCCUGCAUGAUCGAUCGCCAUGUCGAAUCAACAUCCUCGCCAUCCUUCCUUACAGCCUUAUGCGGAGAAAUUUCUGUUUGUCAACUACGAUUCCAGCAGCCCAGGCGGCUCUCAUGACCAUUCACAAGUCCUCUCCCACGUCCGUCAGAACUAUCAUGUGUGGCGCCGAAAGCAGAGUGUCAAGCAUCUUCGAGAUCUCGUCGUGGUCCAUCGCACUUGCAAGCAGAAGCUACCGCUUCCCAGCUUCAAAACACCUCUGGCGCCUGAGCGCAGCAGAGAUGUGCGAGGCGGUCCAGUAGUCCCCGUGAAGACAAAAAAGGCCAGCAAGACUCGCCGCACGGGUGCCGCUGUUGAGACCGUCACCGGGCCUCGUCCUUGCUCCUCUUCAAUCACUCUGCGCAGCGGGAAUUCGGAUCCUUUCGGUGCUUAUCCAGUCAAAAUCAAUCCUGAGGUCAACCAGCUGAUCUCGUUCUACCGCGACUAUCUCCUUCCCGCGCAGUAUCACGUCCCUUCUACGACGUGGGUCAGCUCUGCAAAUGCGAGACUAGAUUGGGCCAUCUGCGUCUCGACGCUCCAAGAGCCAGGUUUGGCGAAUGCCUUUAUUGCUCGUUCGGCAACCGUUGCUGCGGUGCUCAAUCCCGCUUUACGGACUCUGGCUAUGCGUUACCGCCUGCGAAGUAUUCAGGAGUUACGCGUGAGACUGCUCAACAACGCACAUCACACCUGCAGUGAUGUAAAUGUGCUCCAAAUCAUCAUGCUGCAGAAAGCGGAAAUCGUUGACAAAAACCUGUCAGCUGCUGCGGCACAUGCGAAGAUACUGCAAAAUAUGUUCCAAGAACAACAACAAAGGAGUCGCACAAUAAACUUCACGCUUCUGCAAUACGCCAUCUGGAGUGACACCCAAAUCUCUUCGAUCUUCAUGACUCCUCUCGCAUUCGACGUGAGCCCAGGCGGCUGGGUGGUUGAAACGAUGCAGCCUCUUUGGGACGCUGCUCUGAGUCAGCUUGGAGAGCUUCCACAGUGGACAACCCUUCGGGACGAAGCGGAAAAGUCUCUCGACCCCAGUGUCGAAGGCGGAGACCUACAGGCGUUCUUCGUCUCGCGAAGGACCACUCUACAAACCUGGUUGCUUUACGGGCUCAAUGGUCUACCCACGCCACCGCUCAUAAUCCUGUGGCUGACCACGACCGCCUGUCUCCAGCAGGGGAGGAUGAUCAAACACUAUACCCGCGCCGUCCACGAGGCCAUCCAAUGUACAUCCCCAUCUUCAGCGAAAGGAGAAGCGGAAGACGGCUCCGUGGAGCAAGCAGAGUAUUGGUAUACCCAGCAGUAUUUGAUCCUUGCAGAAUUUCUCUGGACGCACCACUUAAGCUACAAAGUUGAGGUUUGCGGCGUUGAUCUCUUUGAUAUGGUACCGACGCAACUCCGGAACCUCCGAGCAGCACUGCAACAUGCCGAAGAGUCCGGGCGAGGUUUGGGACGCCACCUUUCUUCAAAAUAUCGCAAUGCUCGUCUCUGGGCACUGUUUAUUGGUGCGCACGCCGAAUUUUCAAAGUCUAAAUCCAAGCGCGAAAUGGCAAAUUCAGCGCUGCCGUCGACCGAAGUUGUCCACAAUAACAACCACCAGAAGGAAGCGCCUGCCUUCAUCAAAUGCGUCAAAACUGUCAAACACUGUGACCCGGACAGUCAUGAAGAACUUAGCGAUCGAUGGUUUGAAACGCAGCUGUCUCGCCAGAUCCAAGACAUGGGAUUGUCGACAUGGCCGGAUGUUUACUUUGUCCUACGAGGGUUCAACUACGCGGAUAUAAUCCAGCCACUCGGAGAAGAGAUCUUCAACAAAGCCAUGAAUGUACUCUGACCUCUGAUGCCGAUAUGCCUGUGUUCAAUCAGGCCCCAGCAAAUGACAAGAGGCUCUAAUUAUGGGAACUCGUAUUGUCUAUCAACCAGAUGCCUCACCCUAAACAUGGCGCACAGAACCGAAGCAAAAGGUAUAAGAAUACAAUGAGCGAGGUAGCAUUGAUGCUUGGAUACAUACCAGCGAAAUGAGAGAGCGAUGUAUUCAGCACCUUUCUUCGAAACUCAGCCAACCAACUUCUCUCCAACCACUACCGCCUUCGACUCUACAGCGUCCUCUGAAGACGCACGUUCACCGUCCUGGAUCUCCAGCGCCUCACCUUCGAGCAGCCGUGGAUGAGGCAUCACGCCCAACUUUCUUGCCUCCUCAACUGUAAAUGUCGCGAACAGAUCUUCCGCGUCGAUCUCCCCAAGACCCGGUACAGGGAAUAAUCGGUUCAAAACAUAGUGCACAACGAACGCCAAAGCAAAUCCCUCGAUGUACGCGAGAUAAAAGAUCUCCUGUGCGCCCUUGGGCACAUGAAUCGACGGGUUGACAGCAUUGAUGAAUCCGGGCAGCGCGGGUGCCAUGCCGAUGAGCCAAGAGGCGUAGGCGCGCCAAUUGAACCCCCGGUUGUACCAGUAGAUGGAUGAUUGGUCUGGAAUGUAUAGAUCAGAAAGCUUGAAUUUGCGAUCACGAAUAACCCAGAAGUCGCAGACCAUCAUGCCCACCAUGGGGCCGAGGAAGACAGAAUAUCCGUCCAGGACGUUGAUGAACGUAUUCGCGGUGUCAGCCAAUUGCCACGGAUUGAUUGCAAUACCCAGCACGAACGUGAUGACUGCACCUCUGCGGAUAUUGAUCCAGCGAGGGAAGAGUGCGGCAAGAUCGAAGCCACCGGGCCACGCAUUGUCGACGGUGUUGAUGCUUAGCUGGGAGAUGAAGAACCCCAGGCCGGCGAAGAAAGCCCCGGCGCGAGCUUUGGCGGUAUAACCGUCCUCCAUCCAGCGAAUCGCAAGCUCUGCGGGCGACCAGAGCACCUCUCCAUAGAUCUUCUGCG